AUGAAGAUAUCUGGUAAUAGUGAUUUCAUUGAUCUGAGUAAACACUCAGACAUUGAUGUAGAGGAUACACUUACUAAGGCAACAAGAAAUAAUGCAAUUGCAACCAUUGGGUCAAUGACCUCUGAACUGAAGGAGUUUCGCUUUAAAGGCAUAAGGCCAACUCUGGUAAAGGCUGUCUCUGAUGAGGACAAGAAAAAUAACAAAUUUAAUCAAGAUGCUCAGAUUGCAUUUGGGUUGGUCCAGAUCCUGAAUGCAUGGGUUCGUGCCCAGUGGAAACUUGAUAUGAAGAUUCUUGCCUUCUUGCAGGAGGACCUAAAAAAGAAGGGUUGUGCUCUUCUACCAUCAGACAAAGCUUUACCUGAUGUUGACACAUUUAACCUGGAUAAGGUUGCUGGCUUGACAGACAACUACAUUGAGGAGAUUUCCAGCUGCAUAGACAUCCUUUUGCAUUCCUACAGCUCCUGGGCCUCUCAAAAUCAAAGCUCCACACAGUACUUUACCCUCCCUGGGUUAUUCCAUAUGGACUCCAUGGAAGGGGGCAACUCCCCUUGGUCCACACUCCCCAUGCCAGGUAACUCUCUGACACUUAUGCCUUUGCCACUUCCCAAAAUACCUGAGCACCUUGGCCCCAGCAGCUUCUCAGAAUUCAUUUCCCCUCUCAUUGCCAGCAACCCUGAUGCAACUCCUCCACAAACUAGCCAAACAAUGGAUGCCAAGCACCAGAGCAAAGAAAAUCACAAGGCAAAGAGGAAGGCUGAGCGUGUGCUGGCCAAGAAGGACCAAUUAAAGGAUGCUGACACUCGAUUUGGGCAUCAGGAAUUCUGUUCUGUCUUGUUCUCACCAAUCCUCUGGCCUUUGCAGGAGCUCAGUCAGGUGGGGGGCAAACACAUCCAGGGCUUUUGGACCAUGAAAAAACCCUCCAUUGAACCUUCAAUAACAGCAUCUUUGCCAUCUGAUGCUUCAACUUUGGCCUGUGAACUGUCUGCUACCAUCACAAAGACCACACCAACCUGCCCUAUAGCCUUUGUGCCCUCACCUCCCUAA